AUGAUCGCUUGGCUUGCAACAUCCAUAAGCGUUCUGACACCCUAUUCUUGUGGUCGUUUUACUUCUCAGAUUGCGAACUUAUCGGAUGUAUCCCCGUGCUGGGAGUAUCAUGCACAUCGGAGGAUGCAGACACCGUGCCAAAAAAAGUCUUUCAACACAGCAGCUACCUGGACUUUUGAUACCAUGGCAGGGGAUGAUGGUACAAUAACGUUAUUUCAUGAUUUGCUUCAAGAUUAUGAUAAUUUCAACUUUGAAGUCCUUGAUGAAGUUGAAUACGCUGAAUCUAUUGAUAAGGUUGUUCAGCUAGAAAAUCACGUGAUUGACUUAUAUUUUGUUCGCAGAAAAUCAACAAAUUUUUUACGUUCCAGUGCCAGAUCUCGCCAAGAUUCUGAGACACUUCGCAAUAGCUUUGGGAUCAAAAAUUCGUUUAAGGACGACAAGGCUAGGAGAACACAGUCGUUUAAUUGUGGUUCUUUGCAUUCCUCGAAAAAGAUGGAGAAAGUGGGGAAAAGCAAAACAACAUUACAAGUGAAAUCUGAGGAGCAUGCCAUCUCUACUGGAGCUUCAACAUCUCGUCGAAGAUCGUUUAAAUUUGGUGUACGAUUUGUUUCUAAGGAUUUAAAAGAGAAAAAUGAAGUUGAAAAUGGCGAGUGUUUAGUAGAAGGCUAUCAGAAUGGAAUGUAA